GUCCGCAAAUCAAAGCAUAUUAUAAUAAAAGUGAAAGUAGAAAAGAGAUCUCUGUAGUGGUGGCUGUAUUUACUACGUUGAUUCCAGAGGCUACAGAUAUACGAUUUACAAUUGUUUCUUGUUGAUUUCUAUAUAUAUUUCUAUAUAUACAUUUGAACCUACCAAAAAAUGUCUGGAGUUGAAAGUAAAAGAGCGCUUCAUUUUGUCUUUAAAGUUGGAAAUCGUUCGGAAACUGCCAAAUUUUACCGCGAUGUUCUCGGCAUGAAAGUAAAUUUUAAAUAUUAAAUUAUUAUGUAAAAUCAUCCAUUGCCAUCAUUCAGCCUAGUACUGCCUAGUCAUAGUACAAGUGAUCCAGAUAUAUAUUUUUUAUUAUCGUAUACAUAUUUUGCUUCUGGUGUGACUGUGACUGCUUCCAUUUCACAACCGGCCUUUCCCCUAAAUAUUAGGCCUAUAACUAUAAUAUUUAAAUAUAAACAAUAUUAAUAAUUGGUAAAUUUUAAGGACGAAUGCCACAUUUUUAUCGAAUUUCACGAAUGCAUCCCUAAAUUGAUCCCUAUGCCUAACUUGAACCCUAAAUCGAUCCCUAUGCCUAACCCUUACAUGAACCCUAAAUCGAUCCCUAUGCCUAACCCUAAAUCGAUCCCUCAAUCUAACCUAAACCCUAAUUCACUGCAACUUUAAUAAACACACAAAAGACGCCUUGGCAUCCCUCCUUAAUAUCAGCCUAAUAAUUAAGUAAGUACUGAGUGAAAAAAAAAAAAAAGCUAUCAAGCGUCACACAUGAUCAUGAAGACUUUUUAAGAGCCACGGGUAUGCUUUCUUUAGGACUGGUUGCAGGACUAUUACCCUAAAACGAUCCCUAUGCCUAACCCUAAAACGAUCCCCCAAUCUAACCUAAACCCUAAUUCACUGCAACUUUAAUAAACACACAAAAGACGCCUUGGCAUCCCUCCUUAAUAUCAGCCUAAUAAUUAAGUAAGUACUGAGUGAAAAAAAAAAAAAAAGCUAUCAAGCGUCACACAUGAUCAUGAAGACUUUUUAAGAGCCACGGGUAUGCUUUCUUUAGGACUGGUUGCAGGACUAUUGUUUAAAUGCAGGCAGGUAGUGUGUAGGACUGUACUGUAACUGUAGUGACAGUAUGACUGAGUAUGAGUAGGCCUAUUGCAGUUUAAAGGCUGACAGGAAGGCUGUAUGACUGUCUGAAGGAUUAUUGUUUAAAGGCCAGCAUAUCAUAUUAUUCCUAUAUUAUAAGUUAUAGAAAAGGAGAGGUAAACACUUUUUUUGUAACACUUGGAUCUACCGGGUAUGUUCUCAAGAUGCCCGGACCUGGUGUAAAAAAAUUGCACCUGGUUAAGCCCUGGGCCCUAGUAAUUAAUAUCCAGGCUAAUCAAUUUAAUAAUUAUUAUUAAUUAAUAAUGAAAAUAUCAAUCUAGUCAAUUUGUUCUGCGAAUUUUUAUAAUUAAAAAUUAUUCUCAUUGAUUAAUGAGACACAAUUUGGAAUUUGUGUAAAUUAAACAAUAACAUUGUAAAUUUAUCAUACAAUAUAAUAUAGAUAUUAUGUUAAGCUAAUUAUGAAUUUGACAAUACACCAAGUUACUACUAUGUCUAUACAAAACGAAAUCAUAUGAUAUCCUACAAAGCCAACAACAUGUACCUAAAAUAUGAAAGAAAAGAAUAAGAACAGGCACAAGACAAGUCCCAGCCCUACUAACUAAUGAAAACAAAGAACUUUCAAAGGUCGAUUAUAUAUUUUAUUAUGUAAAUUUAAUUUAUAAUUAUAUUGUUUUUUGUUGCAUUUGCUGAAACAUUUGAAUUUGUAUAUUGUCUAAUCAUGUUGUUCAUCCUUCACACAUUAAGAUGACCAAGUCAAUUUUCAACUUGAAAUUAGCUGUAUUUUGCUUAAAGUAAGGGAGACUUGCUAAACUCGUCAGCCUCACUCUCUCGUCCUUGCCUAUUUGUUGAUAUGGCAAGUCUUGGUCAAGAGGUCUGGAAAUAGACCAGGAUGCAGUAGAUGACCACCAGUGUUUCUUGUGUCUAAUCAUAAUUAAAGCUUAACAUGCAUUGUUUUAUUGACAAAAAUUAUUUGUGUCUCAUUAGUCUACUUGACAUAGAAAGCUUCAUCAUAGUCCAACCCUCUUAUUAGUUAAUUAUUCUCAAUUAGCCUAUAGUAUAGGCAUGCAGCUCUUUAACGACCUGAGUGCGGCUCGGCCAGAAAUCGGUUUUGACUCUCAAAAACAUGGUUCUUGAAAAGAAAUUUGGCUCUCAAAAAAAAAUUUAAUUGUCCUGCUGCUGAUUUUUGGCUCUUUUGAUUAAUGAGUUUGCCAACCACUGGCUAUCUAUAAAUAGGCCUAAUAUAACUAUAACUUGUUCUAAGCAGCUAUGUAAUUCUCAACAAUGUUGGGUUCAAGGCAAUCAGUAUAUUAUUAUAAUGUUUAUUAUUAAUAAAUAUAUUUGUAUGUUAAGAUCAUUGAUCAUAUCGAUGCUAGGCUCAAGGACUUUGAUAAAUCUGUCUUGAAUAUAAUAAAAAAUUAAUAUUUAUUGGCCUUGUAGUGUAUGUGUGAUGGCUUGGUUUUAUGCUUCCUACUUCUAAGUUCAAUGCUAUUAAUACUAAUCAAUGUCACCCAUCGAAAAUGGGGGAAAGAAGUAGGCCCACAUUAAUUACAGUGUGAAUUUUCUAACAAUUUAAAUUAUCCUUAAUAAUUGUUUUGUGGAUUUUUUUCUAAGCUUUAAAUGUUGUUGAAUUUCUCUAUUAUAUUCCAGUUUCUCCGUCAUGAAGAAUUUGAGGAGGGCUGCAAAGCAUCAUGCAAUGGGUAAGCAAUUCUAUAAUAUAAAAAAGUGAAUAAGAAAGACAAAAAAUAUGUUGAAUAGGCAAUGCAAAAUGUUACAAUGUACUUCCACCAACAUCUAAAGCAGAAAAAAUAAAAAUCCUAAUUUAUAUUAUGUUUUUAUCCCGUGACAAUCUACAAUUAUUUUUAAAAAUCGUUCGUCUAAAAAUCGAAGUAUUAAGGGUCAUCCAUGAAUGAUAUCACAGUAUUUUUGUUAGCUUUCCCCCCCUCCCCUCAUCAUCCCAAAAUUUAGACACCCCUAUAUUUUGUUGUUGUUGAGCCUUCUCGUCCAUGAGGGGCAUCCACCGAUCAUCGUCGGCGUCUGCGGUUCCUCCAAGGGCAUAGGCCACCUACGAGAGACCUCCAGGCAUCUCUAUCCACCCGGUCGAAGAGGUCCAUCUUCCAUUCAUGGCCAAUUUUCUUGAUGUCUGUCUCCAAUUCUCGGCGCCAAGUGUUUCUUGGACGGCCUCUUUUCCGCUUACCCUGUGGGUUCCAUUUCAGGGCUUGCUUUGUUAUGUUAGAAGCAGGUUUUCUUAGUGUAUGACCAAUCCACCUCCACCGCUUCUGGCCGAAACCUAUAUUUUGUUAGCAACAUUUAAAUAAAGUUAUUCCUCAUAGUUUAAUCAUAUCUUUCUACUCUUGUUUAGAUACAGGUCAGUUUCAUGUUAUUUUUAUGACAUGUAGGCCUACUGGUCAACUUCAAAUGUCCUUUUACUCAAAAUAUAAAUGUAUAUGAUCAAAAUAAGUGCUGGAGAAACAAGAAAAAUUGAAAAGUUAUGUUUAAACUGUAAAGCUCAUCAGAUCUUAAGUUUGUUUUAUGAAAAAAGAUUUGCUUUUUUUUUUUUAUGUGAUCAAUUUAAAAUAAAAUGAUAAUAAAUCUUAAUCUAACAAAUUUUAAACUAAGAAAUUGAAGAAUUUUCAUGCCUACAAAAAAUUUGAGCUCUUAUUCUUAUCUGAUUUAAUAAUAAUCCUUAACUUUAUUGUUUUCUGCCUAGCCCCUAUGAUGGUAAAUGGAGCAAGUCAAUGGUGGGCUACGGACCAGAGGAUAGUCAUUUUGUAAUUGAACUGACCUACAAUUAUGGCAUUGGAAGUUACAAGUUGGGAAAUGAUUUUUUGGUUUGUUCCCCAGAAGUUAUAUCUUUUAGAAUGAUCAUGUUUUAAUUUGCAACUCACAUUACCAAAAAAAAAAAAGGACAGUAAAUUAAGUCCACUCAGAAUACUUAACUCCUCCACCCUUUCACCUGUCACCAAAAUUCAGUCCAGCCAGCAAUAAUAUUUGCAUGUAAUUAUUUGUAGAGCAUCACUGUACACUCCACCACCAUUUUGGAUAAAGCCAAAGCAUUAGGUCACCAAGUCACAUUGGAAGAAGAUGGGGUUAGUGUGUUGACCUCCCCUGAUGGUUAUAAAUUUAAAAUCAUCCCAAAAAGAUCACAUGGAGGUGAGCGAAAUGAUUUUUUCAUUUAUGUCAUCUGUUUCCUUAUCUGUAUCUGGAUUGGAUUAAUUUAAAAGAUUUCAUAGAAUAUGUUGCAAAAUUAUCUUUGGUCAUUUAAUUUUAUUAAAAUUUAGGAAACCCAUCUUUUCUUCAGAUCCAGUUAAAAUGGUGUCCUUGGCAUCAUCAAACCUGAAAAAGUCAAUGGGUAAGAAAUACUUUAAUUAAAAAAAUUGUUAAUUUCUACAGAUUAUGAAGAUUAAGAAGUCAAAAAACACAUUAUUUUCUUUUCCUCAUCCUCAUGUCCCUUGGACCGUUGGGGCGCCACAGAUGACAUGUGAACCAUCCUCCUCCAUUCCUCUCUGUCUUCAGCACUACACACUGCAUCGCCCAGUGUUAGUCUUUGAUGUUAUCUUCCUUUCUUUUUCUUUGUCUUCCUCUUCUUCUCCCUCCUCUUGUGGUGCCCGGCAAUAUUUCUUUUACUUCGAGCAAAACUUAUGCAUGCUAUUUGUUGGUUUUGUUUGUUUUGUUUGUUGUUUGUUUUUAAUUCAAUAAAAUUUGUAACUUUGUAACCCUGAAAAGAUUUCUGGAGUGGCCUAUGUGGGAUGAAAAUCUUCAGUCUGAAUAACAAAUCGGCAGAACUUGGAUUUGAGCAUGACCAGGUAAUCUAUUAAUUUUAACUCUGCUGCAUCUUAAAUGUUUGUGAAAUGUUAUUUUAAAAAUACCUCUAAUGUAAAUACUAGUCUAAAAUUACAUUAACAUUACAUUUGCAUGAAAAAAUAAACAAAUUGCAAGUUUAUUAAGUCAGUCAUUAUUACAUUAGAAGACAGGUUGUGGAAGAAAGUGUUGAUUGACUUUUUAUUUGUAAAUUAAACUCCGGAUAGAUGUCAUUCAUUUGUCCCAAGCCAACAAAACUAUUUUUGUUGUUGCCAGUGCAGGUUAGAACUGGUAGAUAUAGGUGAACCAGUGGAUCAUGGCACAGCUUUUGGGAGAAUAGCCUUUGCUUGUCCUAGCUCUGAGGUCAGUCAUGAAACUAAUUUAAUUUGAUCCUAUAGAUGUCCAGCUAAAUGAAUUUUUCAAAAAUAUAUUUUAAGCUGUUUAUUUAUUUAUUUUUAUCUUAUCAAGUACACAAAAUGUAAGUGUUUGCCACAGUCUUUUGUUAUCGAGUUUAAUAUUUAUUAACCAACGAUGAACUGGGGCAUGUAUCAAAAGACAGGGCAUAGUUUAGAAAGGUACAUGUCUUUUCGAAAGGUUUAAUCACACCUAAUGUUGCCCUCUAAAGCUUCCAAAACUGGAAAAAACAAUGAAAGACAAAAAGCAGACCAUUCUCACACCUUUGGUUAGUCUGGACACGCCAGGAAAAGCUACAGUGCAAGUUGUCAUUUUAGCAGAUCCCGUAAGUUUAGAUGGUGAAAGUUAACAUGGAAGAAAAAAUAUAUGAACAAUAAUUUAAGCUUUAAAAAAGAAAUUGAAGCUUUAAAAGGCAUUAAAAAGAAAAUAAUACCACUAAAUGUAAAAGAGGAAAAAAUGUUAGCUCUGCGAAAAUUGAAAUAUCAAAUUUUUAAAAUUAUUUUGUUAAUAUUAAUUUUUAUAUUAUUGCUUUAAAAGAAGAGCACAAAUUUACCCGAGCACUACAAAUACACAAAUCAUUUUCUUUUGAUAUACUUAAACUUUUGGGUUUUUCAACAUUGCAGGAUGGACAUGAAAUAUGUUUUGUUGGAGAUGAAUCUUUCAGAAAACUGUCACAGGUGGAUCCUAAUGCUGAUAUAUUGCUGGAUGAAGUAAAUAAUAUAAUAUUAUCCUUAAAUAUUAAGUUAAUAUGGAAUUGUCUCAAUAUAUAUCUAAAAUACAGAAAACAGAUUUUAAUAUAAAAUUUACUGGGGCUGUACUGAAGAGAGAUGUUUUGAGAUAUUUGCAGGUUACAAUAUUAUAAAUGUUCACCUUCAAUUCACUCCUCCAGGCUAUGAAGGCAGACAAGAGUGAUGAGUGGUUUGCCAAGAAAGGCAAAAAGAAAACAGUUGCUUAAACAAGCCCCACCGAAAGAUUUAUGUUAUUGUAAAUUAUUGUAAUGUAAUAAGGAUCAUUAAUUAAGUUCUGACUUUUAUUAUUAAGCAUGUUUCCAUAUUAUGUUGAUUUUAUGUUUAAUUUUUUUUUUAAAGACAUGUACAAAAAAUCGAACCCUAGUCUUUUUUGUUGUAAGCCUUUUUGAUUCUGAAAUGCUAAGCAGAAAUUUAAUGUCUUUUACUCCUAUAUAUAGAUAACUUAUUAUAACAGAUUUACAUCUUUCAAUGUUGUGUUUGGCUUGUUUCAUAUAGUAUUUAUCUGUGUUGAAAUUAUCAAAGAUUUUAUAUUGGCUUGUAAACAUUCCAAGAAUUUGUGCCUACAUUAAUGUCAGCCAUCAUCUUUGUAUGAUCUUUAUGAUUUUAAAAUUUGUUUUUGUGCUUUAACUGUAAAAAAAAAUAAAUUAUUAUCAUAUAAAGGUCUUAGAGAGCCGAUGUUUCUGCUUACAUUAAGUUUCAAAACAUAGUUUAUCAGAAUAUUGUUUAAGAUCUAGCCAUAGAACUAAUAUUCCUUUCAGGUUAAAGUUCCAAUUAGAAUUGCUGGUUAGUAUGUAUAAAAUACAGAAAACUGAAACUAGUUUUUAAUGGGAAAAUCUGUUGUUGUUCUUAACAGAGAGAGAUUGUCAUGAAUUUAAAGCAUUAUGUUAAUAUGUUUGUAUUACAUAGUCAAGAAACUGCUAUAAAAAAAAAAAAAAACUUUAAAAAUCCCCAAAUAGAUUUAUAAAUGUUUGACAUGGAUAAGUCUCAAAUAUUUAUAGGUAUACCAAAUGAACUCGGGCCUUGUGGAAUUCGGCCUCCGAAGCCUAUAUCAUCGUCACUUUGUGACGGACGGAUGCCAGCAAAACAAAAAAAUAAACUCAUCAAUUAAAAAACAUCAUGUAACUGCUUUAGAGAAUCAAUAAAGAAUUAUUUAUAAAGAAUUAUUUAUUUUAUAAAUGUUAUACAGAUUUAAGAAAGAAAUUUCAUGUCUAGACAGCUGUUAAUGAUUUCUCUUAAUUUUGUAAAUUUAAUUGUUCAAUUACUAUUUCUCUUCAUUUGAACAUGGACCCCCAUAUCAGUGCUAUUGAAGUUGCUUUAUAGCUUAAUUUUAAUAUUGCAUUUAUGUGGACAUAGAUUUUUUUUUUUACAAAUAAUUUUUUUUUAACCCCAUAUUAAAUAUUUUUUUGAAGUUGAAAAUUUUACUUGUAGUGUAGUCCAAUAAGAUUUCAAUGAUUGGAUGUUUUAAGCCAAUUAAUAACUGGUUUCCUUAGAGCGUUAUCAGAACCUAUUUUGGACGGGGAUGAUUCAGAUAAACUUUUUUUUUAAAAAGAAAAUCAAAGUCACUCUCAAGGAAGGCUGUUUAAGAAUUAAGCGCUUAGAUGUAACAUAUUCUACCUGAUAUAUUUAUGGUGAUUUUAGUGUCUGUAUGGCCUCUGGUGAUGAAACCUAUUUUCUAGCAUCCUUCACCUUUGUUUUAAACUGUAGUGAGUUUUUUAUUUUAUUUACAAAGUAACUGAUGAUUUGUUUGGA